AUGUCAACAGAGAAGGUGGUACUAUCAAAUACACGACGAGAUGCAAUCUUCAAACAACUAAAAACUAAAAAUGGAAAUAAUUAUUGUUUUGAAUGUGGAACUCCAAAUCCUUCUUGGGCAUCUGUUCCUUAUGGAAUUUUCAUUUGUAUUCAAUGUAGUGGUAAACAUCGUGGACUUGGUGUUCAUCUUUCAUUUGUACGUUCAAUUGACAUGGACACAUGGACAGAUAAACAAAUGAGCAAUAUGAUUAAUGGAGGAAAUGACAAAAUGAAAAAUUCAUGGGAAAAAAUUAAUGGAGUAAAAGAAGUUAAUUAUGAUCAUCAAUUAGUUAUUAAUGAUACUAUUAAAGUUAAUGUAGAAUUAGAACAAUUGGAUCAAGGAAAUUAUGUACCAUUUAACGUAGAUGAUUUACAAAUAGAAUUAAAGUUACUUGAUCCUGUCAUUGUCAAAAAUUUCAAAAGAAUAAAUAAUGGAAAAUAUGAGGUUAUUGUCCAAACUCCUGAUAAGUUUGGUGUAUAUACUAUGGUCAUUAAUUAUAGAAGACCAUUCUUAUCUUACUUAGAAUAUAAAGAAACUAUUCCUUUAAGAACUUUUAGAUUGACUCAAGUAGAUAGAUUCUUAACUGGUGCAUAUCCAUUCUAUGCUGCUUGUGCAUCUAUGGCUAUCGGAUUUAUUGUAUUCUCUUUUAUCUAUUUGAACCAAAUAGAAAAGAAGGAAAUAAAACAAGACUAA